CGCGACCCGGAAGUGCGCGUGCGGCCGGGGCAGCGGGCGGGUAAUCGGGUCCUGCGAGUUGGAACGCCACGUUUCUAAGGGACCUUCACGAACCCGCUGUGCAGCGUGCGUCCGAACGCGCCCUUGGGAUAUGGCGGGAGGUGGAGGCUGCUCCCCACUCUAGAGGUGUAGUUGGUGACCUGUCUCCAGAUGCAGAGCUUCCUGUAUCCUUGGCACAGGCAGGUCCUGAGCUGUAGUUGGAGUCGAUUGUGCCUUCUAAAGCGACACCUGUUCACAAUGAAGUUGCAGUCUCCAGAAUUCCAGUCACUUUUCACAGAAGGACUGAAGAGCCUGACAGAAUUAUUUGCUAAAGAAAAUCAUGAAUUAAGAAUAGCAGGAGGGGCAGUGAGGGAUUUACUAAAUGGGGUGAAGCCUCAAGAUGUGGAUUUCGCCACCACUGCCACCCCUACUCAGAUGAAGGAGAUGUUCCAGUCGGCUGGCAUUCGCAUGAUCAACAACAAAGGAGAGAAGCACGGAACUAUCACUGCAAGGAUUCAUGAAGAAAAUUUUGAAGUUACUACGCUUCGGAUUGAUGUUACCACUGAUGGAAGACAUGCAGAGGUAGAAUUCACAACUGACUGGCAGAAAGAUGCUGAACGAAGAGAUCUCACUAUAAAUUCUAUGUUUCUAGGUUUUGAUGGUACACUGUUUGAUUACUUUAAUGGUUAUGCAGAUUUAAAAAAUAAAAAGGUUCGAUUUGUUGGACAUGCAAAACAGAGAAUUCAGGAAGAUUAUCUUCGAAUUUUAAGGUAUUUCAGGUUUUAUGGCAGAAUUGUCGACAAACCGGGUGACCAUGACCGCGAGACUCUAGAAGCAAUCGCAGAAAAUGCCAAAGGUUUGGCUGGAAUAUCAGGAGAGAGGAUUUGGGUAGAACUGAAGAAAAUUCUUACUGGUGACCAUGUAAACCAUUUGAUCCACUUGAUCUAUGAUCUCGAUGUGGCUCCUCACAUAGGUUUACCUGCUAAUGCAAAUUUAGAAGAAUUUAACAAAGUCAGUAAAAACGUUGAAGGCUUUUCACCGAAACCAAUGACUCUUUUGGUCUCUUUAUUCAAAGUACAAGAUGAUGUCACAAAACUGGAUUUGAGAUUGAAAAUUUCAAAAGAGGAGAAAAACCUGGGUUUAUUUUUAGUAAAAAACAGGAGAGACUUGGUUAAAGCAACAGAUAGUUCAGAACCAUUGAAACCAUAUCAAGACUUUGUUAUAGAUUCUAGGGAACCAGAUGCAACUGCCCGAGUUUGUGAGCUGCUGAAGUACCAAGGAGAGCAUGGACUUCUCAAGGAGAUGCAGCAGUGGUCUGUCCCGCCAUUCCCUGUGAGCGGACACGACAUCAGGAAAGUGGGCAUUUCUUCAGGGAAGGAAAUUGGGGCUUUGCUACAGCAGUUGCGUGAACAGUGGAAGAAAAGUGGUUACCAAAUGGAAAAAGAUGAACUACUAAGUUACAUAAAGAAGACCUAAAAAAAUGAGCUCCGUAUGAAACAAUGGAAAGUCUUGAAGCUUCAUUUAAGACUGAAUGAAGAGUCAAAAAAAGAAAACAGCCAUCUUACCCGGGAAACCAGCUGUGCACUGUAGAAGGCCGGCCUAUCAGAUUCAGGUUGGAAGCUUUAUACACAGUCAGUGUUUCAUGCACAUAUCCAUGAGGGUUCACAUAUGCUGCCAUUGGACCACAUAAGGAUAAACUGCAAACAGAGCAACAAUGUGAAGAAUAAGACAAUGAAAAAAAUAAUAAUUCCAGUUUUUUACUUAUUUGGGAUAUAAGUUAUGCUUUUACACCUUUGAAUUUUAGAUAUUAUACAGUACUUUGUGUAAAAUGUAAGACCAGUAUACAGGAGGUUGGCAGAUAUUCUACUGGCUUGAAAAUGUUCUUUGAUGACUCAAAGGGAAAUAUAUCAGUGUUUACAAAGCCUAGUGAGGUCAUGUUGCCCAGCUAAUGAAUUCAUCAGAGUGUUAUGUUGAACAACAUCAGCACAUAUUCAGAGACCCAGCCAACUUUGGUCCUGUGUAGCAGAGCUAGCUGAAGUGUAAAAUUAGGAUCGGAGGUCUCUAAACAAAAAUUACAGAUGUUUCCAGGCUAGAAGAUAGCCUUUCCUGUGUCUAUGUUCUUUACUGUAUAUUUUUAGGCACUGAAGGAAAGAUGGGAAGUGGAACCACAGAACUCUGAAAGGGAAUAUGGAAGUAUAUUGAGAAAUAGAUUAGAAAUGUAAUAAAGAUCUUACCUAAAUAUUUCA